AUGGCUUCCACCUCCGUAAACCGACAAGCUGUCCACGACGCUUGCGAGGGCAUGUCCGAUCUUGAUGUUUUGGACCUCGAACUCCAGCCUGAGGCUCGACUAGAGCUACUACCGCUCGCCCGUCAGAAACGCAAUGCCAGAACAGCAGCCUGUUUGCUACCACCCGAGAUCUUGACGGCUGUCUUUUCGUACUUACAGGCGGGCUGGUGGCCCUCGACGAAGACCGGCCGGCGCGAGCGUUAUGGAGCUGGCUGGAUGGUGGUUGCGAAAGUAUGCAGUUUUUGGAGACAGGUUGUCUUAGGUACACCCUCCCUGUGGUGCGAACUUGAUUGCCUGAGCUUUCACCCCCAGUCGGUCGAGGAAGUCAUCUCUCGCUCUCGAGCUUUACCUCUGAGCCUGCGCAUUAUUGGCAGUGCCAGUAGGGAUGAUCUGGUUAGCUGGUUAUGUAGCUCCGUCACCCCGCGCGUCAGGAAGUUGAUCAUCGCGGGAGGUUCUCGGGCUGACCUUUUUGGCUGGAUAGAGCUACUAUACGCGGCUAUGCCGUUGCUUACAGAGCUCCAUAUCGCCGUCACAGUCCACUCAUCUGACCCAACUCCAAACUUUUUACCGACAGCCUUCCUAGGAGGGACUCGCCCCCCACACCUACGCGUGGUCUUCUUCACAGGACUUAUGUGUGCUUGGGAUUCCUCACCCGUAUCACUGAGCACAUCACCAUCUCUCAGCGACCUCGUCUUGUAUGGAUCAACCAGGGCCCAGAUUAUACCUCCUUCCCAGGUGGUCAGCACCCUGGCUUCGUUGGUCAACAUCCAUCGCCUAGCGCUGUUCCAUAUCCUCCCGAACGAGAUCCAUACCAAUGCGCGACGAGAUCCGAUUCCGGUUCCGCCUAAACUCCGUGAUCUGGACCUUAGGGCAGCGUCGCGGUAUUCUGCAAGCAUACCAGCCUUUCUCGACCAGUUCCCGGCAUGGGCAGCCAGCGACAUCAACUUGUGCGCCCGUUUCAAGAAUCCGGACGACGCCAUUCUGGACGCAACACUCCCCAGACUCUUUUCGCCGCACCAUAGUCUGGUCGUUCGGCCUGAGAUGUUCCUCUCGCGCGAGGCGAUCUCAAUAGUAUACCUGCGAGAGGAGCCUUCCCCAAGCCAAUGGGCGACGAAACUCGUUCUCUCCCAAUUCCCCUUGAUCGCGUACGACCGACAGUUCUUCGAGAGAAAUAUCGACACGAGGAAGAUGGACCCCGAUCGUACACUGGUCUCUAAGCUUCCUCUUCUCAACUUGGCGGAGCUGCGAGCUCUCCAUGUCACCUCGGACGCGGCAGCAGGCCUCCGCGGAGAACGUGCCUGGACGCAGUGUUUCGCCUCCGCUACCAAGGUUGACCGUGUGGCUGGAUUCUAUGCCGACCUACAUGACCUCAUCUGUGCUCUCAGGGUCAUCGAAGACUCAGGACCUUCCGAUAGGGAGGGUUCUUUCGCGCUGUUCCCGGCGCUCGAGGUCCUCGUAUUCCACGCAAAGCCGACUAAGGAUACGCGGUCGAUAACGGAGAACGCAGACGCUCCGGAGGAGCAUGACAUACAGGAGUCAACAUUCGCGGAGAAUAAUGCGGCGCUCAUCGACCUUCUUGCUGCGCGAGAUGCACGAGGGAGACCCGUGAAGGAUAUCUUGGUUGACGAAGCCAUGUCAGGAUGGGAUCUUUGGGAAAUGCCUGCUCUUCGAGACACUACUCAUAUUUGGUUUUUCUAA